AUGAGUUCCCGAUGUUCAUUUCGCAGGGUUGCUUCGGAAGCCCACGACUUGGAGAACGCGGACGAAUAUAAUUCGUACGAUCAUAGACACAGCCAAGACAGAGAGUCUGCCCACUUCGACAGCGAUUCUGAUUCUGGAAGUAUUCGAUCAGCUGGUACGGGUCCUAGCAUGCGAGGCACACCAGCACCUUCGCGAUAUGCAAUCAAAGCGAUCGAGCCCAUCGAGCACCGUCACGAUGGCGGAAUUGGCAGACGAUACGAGAAAAAGUCGCAUCGCUUGCGUGCCCAAGGCAACCAGAUCGACGGGCAAAACGUGCUGAUCUACACCGAUCCUCGUCCUCCCAGCACGCUCGACGACACGGUCAACAGCAACCCGGGCUCGAGCCGCAUAAUGUCGGACUGGUUGUGUCCAGCUCUAGGCCAGGCCCAAGCUGCUCAGGACUCCAAAGCUGUAGAUGUGGACUUGGUGUAUUCGUUCGAACAAUCACAUUUGCCGCAAAAGUAUCGCGCUACCGAAGGAGAACAGAGUUCCAAAGCGAGCAACGUGACUGCCCAGAUACUAGCAAUCGAUCAUGGUCGGCUCAUCAACUACACAACCGCCGGCGCGCAAUCUGAGCCGCCCAGAAGCGGACCUUCUUCUAAAGGCAACAACAUGUCGUCAAAGUACGCCGCCUCGUCCCCAUCACCCGAGGCACGAAAUGCGCCACCAUCGCCUCCAUCGCCACCAUCACGCUCUACAAACUUAAUAGCCGCACCGAAACAAGUGUCUGUGGAACCGAUGACAAUAACAUCUAUGUACCCGCCGACUUCCUGUCAGCGCUUCCUCGUAUCCUUUGUUGUCGAAGGAAGCUCCGUGCAGAGAGCUAUUGCUCUGGAUGACUCCAUGAGUGUACAGACUGUCUUUGACGUUGUAGGGCGCAAGGUACAGCGCAUUUUGCUAGACAAGGGAAUCGCUGAGCUCGGCUUCGGCGUGAAUGGAGGGAUGGUUGUCGUUGAUGUGGAUGACCAAGACGGGUGGCAAUUCGUUCUGAACAAAGUGAAGGGGGAAAGUCUGAGCGCUAUCGAUGGCACUGUCAUGGUGCAGGAGUAG